UUCUGUAACGAUGUGAUUUUGUGCGUGGACUGCGAAGUGUUCUAAAUUUGUGUAAUUAUUUCGGCAAAAAUGCCGCGGAAGUACAUCAAAACCCCCGGAAAAAGGACGUACCGCAACUAUGCGCCGGAAAAUGUGGAAAAAGCUGCCGAUGCUGUGAGAACCGAACAACUUUCCAUACGUCAAGCGUCGAAAAAGUUUGGAGUUACCUACGGAACUAUCUUCAGCAAGAAAAAUGGAUUGCACACAUCGAAGAACGGUGGCCAGACUAUGCUUAGUGAAGCCGUUGAAAAGGAUCUUACAGAGACCAUUGCCGGAGAAUGGGUCUUUCCUUUAACUAAGGACGACAUCCAGUUGCUAGUGCGUGAUUACAUGGAGAUCCACGACAUCGCCAAAAGCUCGCCGAGCUCGCCCGGUAAGGAUUGGUGCUACGACUCCAAAGAGGUGGUCAUCCGAAAAGGUCAAAACCAUGCCGAUAACAUACUGGACCCUUCGAAAACCUCCUAUUCGGUCAUGUUUGCUGGUGCCGCUGACGGUUUCGUCCUCCCACCUUACGUUGUAUAUGCCACCGUUCACCUCUACGAUACAUGGGCCGAUGGAGGGCCAAAAGGAACCCGAUACAACCGUUCCAAGUCCGGUUGGUUCGAUAAGACUAUCUUUGAAGACUGGUUUUUUUCGAUGACGUUGCCAUAUUUCCAAAAUUUGGACAACAACUUGCCCAAAGUGAUCAUCGGGGAUAACGUGGCGUCAUACCUGUCGUAUAAAGUGAUGAAGAGCUGCUUGGAAAACAAUAUUCGGUUUGCCUUUCCCCCGCCUAAUGCUACGCACAUUUGCCAGCCUCUCGACGUGGCAUAUUUCAGACCACUCAAGCAAGCCUGGAGGACACUCGGAAGAAGCAGAAUAAAGGAUCGGUUCCCAAGCAUAUUUUUCCGCAUCUACUUAAGGAAGCACUAUUGAGCAUUCGCAAGACCCGAAAGAAUCCUGCUGCACCCAAAUCUCGCUCACAAAAUGUCACCUCCGGCUUCAAAUCAAGGUAUUUAUCUGUCGCAAUCGUAAUGCAGUCCUGAAGAAACUGCCUUGGGGAAACGAACCGCUAACUCCGGGAAAUGAAAGGCAAGAAAACUCGUUUUCGGAACAGUUGAUAAACCUGUUCAAGGCGGAGCGGUUUUCCCAUGUUGAUAAAUCGCAAGCUCCAAAACGCAAAAGGAUUGUUAAGAUUGAGCCUGGAGAGAGUAUUGGAGAAGAACAUUUCGCAAGUUUUAACGUUGAAGAAAACGCUGUACAAAACCCUGUUCCAGAGAAGAAUUCAGGACCUGUGAAGAAAGCCAAACGCAAGCGUCCAGAGACAGGCCCAGCAGUAUCUUCAUCUCCAAAACGACAGCGAGUUGUGAAGUACAAGAAAGAACCCGGAAAUUUGCCGCAUACAGGAGACAACGAAAAUAUGGAUCCCAACAGCUUCGCAGUACGUUGUGGCCAAAGGAAGGAGAAGCUCGUACGAACUUCAAAACAGCACCAAACUGUGAAGGUCGAACCCGAAGAAGAGAGAGGAGAUGUAAAUAAAUUUCUUGCAAAUACUGAUAAGGA